UUCAUAUUAUCUUUGGACGUUAUCACCGUUGUAUCCAACUCAUUUCAGAAAAACAAGUUGAUUUGUGGUUGAGAAUAUAUCUCUAUUUUUUCGUUAAGCUGCGAUGGAUUCUCUACUUGCCUAGCGAAGAUGGCGAUAACCCUGGCUAAUCUCGCGUCCCUAUCAGCUGGAGUUCCUUCAAUGGCAGUUAGCAGCACCUCUAAAAGUGACCGAAAACCAUUGGUUGAGAGGGCCGUUAUAGUUGGCGGUGGGCUUGGCGGACUGUCUGCUGCAAUUCAACUUCGUAAAAUGGGAAUUGAUGCUCAUGUUUAUGAUAAGUACCAACGGUUGUCUGGUGGAGAGGGUACAAUGAUCUCAAUCUUCCCUAAUGGUUGCAAAGUUCUUAAUCAUGCAGACCCAAUAAUAUUGGAUAAGAUGAAAGAAGUUGGGAAGAUAGACAUGCUUUCUCUUGGGGUUACACCGCAGGGUGACCGUGUAUCAGAAUGGAGACUCAGCUCCCAUAUGGAAGAGACAUAUGGGCAACCUCUAAUUGCCAUUCUUUGGCAGGAUGCCCUCAAAAUUUUAGCAGAUGCCUUACCAGAAGAAUGCAAGCAUACUGGAUAUGAAUGUUUUAAUAUUUCCCAGGGAGAAGAAGGGGCUACUGUGCAUUUCAAAAGAGAAGAUGAAACAAUUUCAAUAGAAGCUCCUUUGAUCAUAGGCGCCGAUGGGAUACACUCAACUACAAGGAAGAUCUUGUUUGGUGCAGUAGAACCUCGUGACAAUGGAAGGACAAUGUGGCGUGCGGUGAUUGACAGAAGUCUCUGCUCACACAAGGCCUUGGUGACUGGAACUCUUGCAUCGAUGCAAAAUGGCCGAACAACAUUUAUUAUAAAUGGUGUGAAAGAUAAACUGUAUUGGGCCUUAAGUGUCACAGAUGAAUGUACUCAAGGAGAAACAAAAAUUCGUUCAAGAAGUAAAGAGGAGGCAAAAGAAAGGCUGUUAAAAUAUUUUGAAGGGUGGGAUGUUGCUACCCAUGUCAUUCAGGCCACAGAUCCAGAGUUUAUCCUAGAACGUAGGGUGUUAGAUGUUCCUGUACUUCCAAAGUGGUCAUGUGGUCAUGUUAUUCUUCUGGGAGCUAACCAGGGUCUUCCAAUAUUUCAUCAUCUGUCAGAUGCUGCACAUGCUGUAACUCCAUCAUAUGGCCAAGGAGCUAAUCUUGCUUUUGAGGACGGACUAGAGCUUGCUAAGCAGCUUACAAUUUCUUCUGAUUUAAGGAGUGCCUUUGAAGCAUAUGAAAAGGCAAGAAUUCCACGUGCCUCUAUUAUUUCUGAAAAAUCUCAGUCCAUCGGUGUUAGACCAACUGAUGAAUUCUACAAUUGGUUGUACACUGCUGUUCCAGAAAGCUAAAUAUUGUGAGUGAUUGCAAUAACUAGUCUUACAGAAUGCAGAAUCUUCUCUCAAGAUUAGGCAUCCAUUGCUUGCAGGGUGGUGUGCGGCCGCAUACUUGAAAUUAGAUGGUAUGAUAUAAUAAGGGGUAAAGUUGGGGCAUUUGCUGUGAAGAUGACAGUUCAAACCUUGCAGACUCUGCGUUAUUGUUCAGCUACAAGAGAAUAGAAUGGCAUAAUAACCAUGGGGCAUAUUAUUAUCGCAUCCUUGGGCUGUCAACGUGCAUAUCAUAAAACUUUUAGUAGGCUUGAUUCUGAUGAUAGAUGAUAGAUGAUAGAGAUCCACUGCAUAUGGUACUGUUGCAUCUAGUAUUGUGUUGUGUAAUAAAAGUCUCAGUUUAUAGCCCAAUGUUGUUUUUGUAACAGGAGACACUACAUAUUAAGUCAGAAGUACUGGUUGAAAGUUGAACUGAGCAAUGACUAAAGCAAAAAAUCUGUAGCACAGAGCAAUGGAGAGGCUCAGCAUGGUUCAUGGCUGUGGGCUUUUUAAAUUUUAUUUCAUGGAUAUGGUUGAUAGAAGAUAGCAGAAAUUCAUAGAAAAAAGUAUUUAUUUAAACAUAAUAAUGAUUGAGAGAAUCUUCAAACUU